AUGAGUAAUAUUAUAUCUUCGAAACCAAGUCGACUUGAAUUACUUCCAAAUGAAAUUCUUUUUGAAAUCUUCAAAUACGUAAAACCUAUUGAUCUUCAUCGUUUUGUUGGAUGCAAUCAACGAUUUAAUAAUAUUAUAAGCGACGUAAAACUAAGUGUCGAUAUUCAAUAUCCAGAAGAAGAAGAAGAAGAUGAGGAAGAUUUCAAUUACCUAAAACGCUUUCAUCCAAAUCAAUUCAUUCGUCUGGAAUUACGUUGUCGCUGGGGUGCAUUUAAUUUGCAUUUAUUUACGGAGCUACGCUCACUAAAGAUCGAUUGCAACUAUCUGUCAGAAAAUCAAUUUAAUCAGGUACUUACUGCUAAUCUACCAGAUCUCCAAAGAUUUUCCAUUGAUAAUGUUCCGAACUACUACGGAAAAGAAUUACUAAUUACUAUUCUUGAUAGCGAACGUUUUCCAUCAUUGACAUUGUGUCAGUUUUCAGGAGAAUUUUACUACAUUCUAGAACUUAACGAACAUUACACAUCACCAAAUAGUAAAAUUCGUACGCUUAUCCUUAACAGAUGGGAUGGAUCGAGUCUGUGUUCUUUACUCAAUCUACUACCUAAUUUACGUCGAUUUGAGACGAAUUUUUUAGAAUCUAUCAGUAAAUCAUUGAAAUUCAACAUGCAUUACAUCACACUUGAAAAUUUACGAAUUACUCUCAAUGAUCCAUCCAAUGAUCUGGAGAAGAUACUUUCAUGCAUGCCUAAUCUAAAAUACUUGCGUGUCAAAGGAAAGAUUCCAGACGGAUCGGUAUUAGAAUGUUUCGAAAAAAUGGCUAAAACCGUUGGCACUUAUUCAUCGAAUCUACAAAAAUUUGAUUGUGAAUUAUAUUUUCAUGCAUGGAUUGGUCAAGUCGAUAUUCUUGUCAUACAAAAGCUUCAUCCACUUUUCAAGAUGAUAGAAUGCCAUUUUGGAAAACUUAUCAAUCAAUGUUACGCUACUGAUUUAACAGAAUAUCCUAUUUUCAACGAAUAUGCAUAUGUGGAACGCAUGACACACAAUACUACACUGUAUUCUGGAGUGAUGGGGGGAUAUGACAGUGAUAAUGACUACAAUAAUUAUGACGACAACGACUACAAUAAUUAUGAUGACAACGACUAUAAUAGUAAUAAUGGUUGGACAGAUUAUGGACUUGGCUAUCGUGGAAAUUACAAAGCGAACUAUGGAUCUUCCCCAUGGAGCGGUAAUAAUGAUUAG